AUGUCCCGGCGCCCACCUCGCCGCUCCGGCUCCAGUCGGCGGCGGUGGCGUGAGGCAGCCACGACCCGGCGACGAAAGCCCUCCCGCUCGCGGCCGGCUGGGGGUUUCACGCCUGCCGGGUCCUCUAAGCCGCGCCCGGCAGGUGCAUCUCGCGUCUUCCGACCGCCUCGGCCGCCUCAGCCCACUGGCGGGAGGAAAAUCCUGGCCGCGCGGAACAUGCUCAGGGCCGCGGGCGCCGCCGGCCGUCAAGCGGGGUGGCCCGAGCGCUUCGCUCGCCUGAGCUCUGCUCGUCUCCUCAGCCCAGAGAGCCAAGGCUGUGGGAGCAGCCGAGCGAGGGCCCGCCUCCCGCCUCCUGCUGCUCCUCAGCCGCGGCCCGCUUCCCCGCUUCCCCGCCCCGGUCACCUGCGGCGCUCGCGCCCCGCCGCGACCUCGUCGCCACAGCCUAGCGGCCCGCGCCGCGCGUCCCCGCGCCGAGCGGAGGGGCAGGCGCGCGACCCCGCGCUGCCCCGCCCUUCGCGCCCGUCGUCCUCCUCGCAGCAGCGCGUGCGCGGAUCUACGGGAGCUCAGCUGGGGGCGGUGAAGGCGCUGAGGCUCAGGGGUCUCACGGCCAUAGUGCACGCCUAA